AUGUUCGGUCCAUUCCGCCUCACAAACCCGCUAUCGGGCGGUCUAUUAUGGAAAAUACCAUGGCGGCUAUCCAGACACCAGAAGUACAGGCAACGCGAGCGCCUACGGCACGUUGACACUGUGGUCGGCACAAUCGAUAACGCACUACGACGCAUGGGACAGAGCAUGAAGAAGGUGGAGCGCUGGAAGAUGGAGAUGCCGACCGAGGCAGAGAUGCUGCCCAAGGACAAAUACACCGUCUUCGACCGUAAGGUGAAGAGGUAUCGAAAGGGAAUACACAUGGAAGCACUGGAACUGCUUAAAGCCAAUGCCAUCACAGUCGAGACCUAUGCGCAAUCUCUCCUCGACCGCAUCCGCGACCGGGACGAUAUCGUAAAGGCAUGGGCCCAUCUAGGCAAGACAACAACAACUGAGUUCACCAUCACCAACUCAGGACCUCCGACCACCAAUCCCCACGACCCGUCUCGAACCCCAGGCGGCUCCUCAUGCGGAUCCGCCGCCGCCGUAGUCGAUAUGCAGAUUCCGCUUGCCUUGGGCGUCCAGACAGGCGGCAGCAUCAUACGACCAGCAGCCUUCUGUGGGACAUUCGCCAUGAAACCCACGUACAACGCCAUCUCAACCUCGGGCCAAAGAAUCGUUUCUUCUACAUUCGAUACUAUCGGCUUCUUCGCUCGUAGCAUAGCGGAUCUGCAGUUACUAGCAGACGUCUUUUCCCUUCCUGACGACGAGCACCCGAAGAAAGUAUGCUUGGGAGAUAUCUCAGUCGCUCUUGUCAAGACACCAAUGUGGUCCCACGCCGGACCUGGUACUAUACAUGCCAUGCAGAAAACAGCUGUGAUACUGCAAAACCACGGCGUCCAAGUCGAAGAAGUGUCUCUACCGGAUGUCUUUGGUGACGCAGACACUCUAACACGCUCUCAAAACGCGAUCAUCGACGCUGAGGCCGCACUUGCUUUCCGCGAAGAAUACCGUUCGCACAAGGGUGAUUUGGACAUCUCGAUCCGGAAUCUAGUAGAGAACCACUCUAAACACGCUGAGGCAGAAAAAAAGAAAAGGGAAGCACUGGACAAACUCGCUCAUCUGCGGACCGCAUUCGACGCGACAGCAGCCAAGUAUCCCGUCAUCAUCGCGCCGAGUGCUGUAGAUGAGGCGCCGAUGGGACUUGGGGAUAUGGGGAGUCCGGUAUUCAAUACGCUGUGGACGACCAAUGGACAGAAGAUCAAAUUCACAGGGCAGUAG